AUGAUUCCAACCUCGUAUCUUCUAGUGGUACUGAGCUUGUUGAGUGCUGUUUUCUGUGAUGAUUUGACGUCGUCGCUUUAUGGAACAUGGUCGUCAAAAUCGAACCAAGUGUUCACAGGACCGGGUUUUUAUGAUCCGGUGGAAGAGCUGCUAAAAGAACCUUCGCUUCCAGGAAUAUCGUUUUCUUUCACCGAAGACCAGCAUUUUGAAGAGGCUAUUUAUCAGGUAAAGGCCAAUCCAAAAGAUCCCGGGUGUCCACUUGCAGUUAUGAUCUACCAACACGGUACCUACGACCUUCAAGAUAACGGGACGUUGACGCUCAACCCGAUUGCGGUAGACGGGAGACAGCUGUUGAGUGAACCUUGCCAGGACAAUGGAACGUCUGUGUAUUCUCGCUACAACCAAACUGAAGUCUAUAAAUGGUUCCAGGUACAGGUCAACGAUUACCAUGGGGUCUACGAGCUGCAAUUGUACCAGUCGGACGGCACGCCUAUGCAGCCAAUGUAUCUGGCCUACAGACCUCCCAUGAUGCUGCCUACCGAGACACUGAACCCAACAAAUACUGCGGACGGCAGCACGACAAAACAGAAACGGUCUUUGAGGAGCUUGGUGAGACGUGGACUUGAGAAUAGACACAAGACGAAUGCUGUGAAGCGCAACGAGUCUUUCGUUAGCAGUGCAUGGUUCAAAUGGGGGUCUCUGGGUCUAAUCGGGGUUGGGUCCAUUACGUUUAUCAUUACAUAG